GCCGCGGGCGCCGGAGAGCGCUCGGCGCCCGGGAGCCAGUCCCCCCCGGCCCGCUGCGCCGCCGCCCCGACGUGCGACCCCUGCGGGGGCUGCUGCCUCAAGACCAUGAAGAAGGAGGUGUGCUCCGCGGCCUUUCUCAAGGCAGUGUUCGCAGAGUUCCUGGCCACCCUCAUCCUCGUCUUCUUCGGCCUCGGCUCGGCACUCAAGUGGCCGUCGGCGCUGCCCACCAUCCUGCAGAUCUCGCUGACCUUCGGCCUGGCCGUAGGCACCAUGGCCCAGGCCCUGGGGCCCGUGAGCGGUGGCCACAUGAACCCCGCCAUCACAGUGGCCCUCCUACUGGGCAACCAGAUCUCCCUGCUCCGGGCAGCCUUCUACGUGGUGGCCCAGCUGGUGGGCGCCAUUGCCGGGGCUGGCAUCCUCUAUGGGGUGGCACCACGCGAUGCCCGAGGCAAUCUGGCCGUCAACGCGCUCAACAACAACACAACUCCGGGCCAGGCCGUUGCGGUGGAAAUGAUUCUGACCUUCCAGCUGGCGAUCUGUAUCUUCUCCUCCACCGACUCCCGCCGCACCAGCCCUGUGGGCUCCCCAGCCCUGUCUAUUGGCUUGUCCGUCACACUGGGCCACCUAGUGGGGAUCUACUUCACCGGCUGCUCCAUGAACCCGGCCCGCUCUCUCGGCCCCGCAGUGAUCAUGAACCAGUUCAGCCCCUCGCACUGGGUGUUCUGGGUGGGGCCCAUCGUGGGGGCCGCCUUGGCUGCUAUCCUCUACUUCUACCUGUUCUCCCCCAACGCCCUGAGCCUGAGUGAGCGUGUGGCCAUCGUCAAGGGCACGUACGAGCCCGAGGAGGACUGGGAGGAGCAGCGAGAGGAGCGGAAGAAGACCAUGGAGCUGACUGCCCAGUGACCAGCAUCACGCGGGGGCCAGCCUCUCGGCCCCUGAACCGCAGGGGGAAAGAAGAGAAAUAUAGGACAGCAAGCUUCCUUCCCCCGCAGCCGGGUCCUCUGGGCUGGGGAGGGGGUGCUGGCUCCCCAGGCUGAACGGUUAGAGUUGGGAGGAGGAGCCCAG